AUGGGCAAGUUUAUGAAACCAGGGAAAGUCGUCCUUGUCCUCGCUGGGCGUUACUCCGGACGCAAAGCUGUUAUUGUUAAGAAUAUUGAUGAUGGCACGUCUGACCGCCCCUACAGCCACGCUCUGGUGGCUGGCAUCGAUCGCUACCCACGCAAAGUGACAGCAAGCAUGGGCAAGAAGAAGAUUGCCAAGCGUUCCAAGAUCAAGUCCUUUGUGAAGGUCUACAAUUACAACCACUUGAUGCCUACCAGGUACUCCGUUGAUAUUCCCCUUGACAAGACCGUUGUCAACAAGGAUGUCUUUAGGGACCCUGCGCUGAAACGUAAAGCCCGGCGGGAGGCCAAAGUGAAAUUUGAGGAGAGAUACAAGACGGGCAAAAACAAGUGGUUUUUCCAGAAGCUCAGAUUCUGA